CAUAAAAUUAAUGUCCCUGGAACGAUGUUCAAAUACCGAACGAGUGACGUUUGUCAACUGACGGCGUGUCAGACUUGUCAGGUUGUCGUGUGGGCGGUGUGAAAUUCAACGUUUGUAUCAUACAUAUUCGUUUAUUAUUUAUAAAUAGUGCAAUGUUACGCAUCGGUGGAUAUUCGUUAAGAGAUGUUUGGGCCAGGAAUCAGCUGAAGAGUUUGAAGCUAGUUUUGGGCGAUGAUGACCUAGCACCUCGGUGCCUCAGGGAGGCUAGUUUGGUACCUGCGAGACGGGCCAGUGCUAAGACAUGUCCGCCUGUCCAACCACAUGCCAACAAGAUUUUUAAAAAGGGAGAGCCGCGAAGAUACUCGCCUUUCCAUGCGCCCGGGCAGUCAAAGGUGGAAUGGGUACUGGCUCGAGCGGACGACAUCCUCAACUGGGGCCGCAAAGGGUCCCUUUGGCCUCUGACCUUCGGCCUCGCUUGCUGCGCCUUGGAGAUGAUGCAUUACGCGGCACCUAGAUACGACAUGGACCGCUACGGUAUGGUGUUCCGCGGGACGCCACGACAAACAGACGUCAUAAUAGUCGCUGGCACGGUGACCAACAAAAUGGCUCCCAUCCUGCGCAAGACGUACGACAUGAUGCCGGAGCCGCGCUGGGUGGUGUCCAUGGGUAGCUGUGCCAACGGUGGCGGGUACUACCACUACACGUACAGCACUGUGCGGGGCUGUGACAGGAUUGUACCAGUGGACAUCUACGUGCCCGGGUGCCCGCCGACGGCCGAAGCGCUCCUGUACGGAAUGCUGCAACUCCAAAAGAAGGUGAAACGCAUGCGAAGCCUGCAGGCCUGGUAUAGGCAUUAGUUCAUUGUUAAUAC